GUAGAGAAUGCGGCGAUGGAAGGGCAGCGGGGGGAGGGAGUUGCAUCAGCGCCGAGGCCUUUAAACAGGUUCGCCAAAAGGCAAGUGCGCAGUUGGGCGCAGGGCUGUGACGCCGGCAGGCUGCCGGCGCGCCGGCGCGACGGGCUGUGGAAGCGUGGCAGGGACAUGAUGGGGAGGCUGCAACAACCACCUUCAGCAGCUCUCCGACACCAACACCUUUGUCAUGGGUCACCGCAUCAGCUGAGACUCUGCACUAUGUUCCCAUUGGAGCUGUUGACCAUCUUACCAGCCCAGAGAGUAGUAAUGAGAGCCACUGCUGAAGAGCAUCUGGUCAUCAGUGGUCAUUCUGUUGAAGUCAUGGUGUUUCAUCCUUCCGUCAUGGAUAAAAUGUGCAAGUACCCUGACAGUUCUGACUGGAGGUAGUUGUUGCGUCUGGUGAAAUUAUCUGGUGUCAGUAAUGUUCUGCAAGUAUCUUACACUGCACUGUGUCUAUGUUGGUAACUAAGCUGUCACUACAAAGCAGCCAGAUGACAACGAGACUGCUUCUCAUCCUUCAAGAAACUGUCAAAAACCAAUUCCAAGCAGCAACUUCAAGACUCUUACAAGAUACAUUUUCAUCAAGCCAACUCUGCUAUGAGAUGAAGAAAAGUUUGGCUCUUGGAGCUCCACCAGACCAUAUAAGCCUUCCUCCAUGCCGAAGAUGCACUCAAUGCAAGAAAGCUCUGGAAAGACUCCUUGGAUGAUUGCGAACCGGGACGGUCGGUGAGCGGGCCCGCAACCUAAAAGACCUUGUCACUCAGAUCCAUCAUCACCCCAAAAAAAAGCAACAACCUAAAAGACCUUGUCACUCAGAUCCAUCAUCACCCCAAAAAAAAACAAGACGACAAAACUACUUCUCAUCUGCACUGUAACGGCAGGAUGCUUGAACACUGAAACUUCCACCUCUACAUGUGACCAGGAUACAGGCAUCCUACCAGUACAGGACCAUCAUCAUGUCGCCAAAGUCAAAGGGCCCAUGUAUAUCCCCAUGGGUCUUUGAGGUUCCAGGUCAUGUAUUGCACAUACAUGAAAUGGAGCCUCAAAGACCAAUUGGGGGGCCCUUUGAGGACCGGGACAAAUUGGUCCUCGGUCUUCCCUUACUGCAGUAUUACUAAGCAUAACACGUGUAGCCCUCCUUUUGAAUGAUUUGGCGAUUUGAAACCUUCAGUGACACUUUUUUCGAGGCAGUUGUUCACUCUAUUAAAUUUCCGACUAGACCAUUCCUCUUACUACAACCCCACCAUAAGGGGCGCCUGGUGGUACGCUGACUGUUGUAAGGAGGGUGACAGAUCCUUUAGUUUGUGGGGCACAUCGCUUCAUCGGACAGUGAGCCCGAUUUGGUUUCAUCUCACGAAUCUUGCAGACAAUGCAGAAACAAUUUCUCAGUUUUUUUCAACAUUCCGUUUUAUGUAAAUGUAAUUUGAGCAUAGACAUACUGGUGUUUGAAUCUUUCCAAGCCAUACACUGUUCCAAACCAUCUAUUGGAAUAUAUCAGAUGUUCAUAUGAUCCUGUUUAAAAUGAUCAUGCCAGGCCAAUUAAAUAAGAUAAAAAAUA